CGGGCGGCCAGUCGAGCGAGAGAGGUGCUGCCGGAGACCGCCGGCCGGUACACCGCCACCGCCCGCAGCGACACCCAGGGGCAGCGGCCGUCGGCGCCGAGAGGAACCGAACGGGAGGUCAAGAGAGGGGACAGCCAACGAGCAAGGAGCCUGACAGCUCGGAAACCAGCAACAGCAAUCAGAAACAGACCGCCAGAGAACGUGCAGACGGUCACCCUGGGGACGGAUAACUAGACGUCCAGGACCCAAACAUUCAACCGCGAAACAGCAAACCAGAUAACUUACAGCCGUGCAAGUCCGCUGCAUCGAUAUACAUCUCAUCAGUGGGGAAAUCGAUAGUGCCCUGUAUCAAGGCCGAUGUCAACGUUCCAUGCGCUUCUGGGAAUGUGAAUAGGCUUGUUUGGGCAGUGACACGGCUUGCAGCCGUGACUAGGCAGCGGUAACUACGAAGAGACAACAAUUACCGACCCGUCUACACGAUAUCACAAUGCACCGGUGGAGAAUAGCAGCAGCCGUGGCGCUGGCCUGCGCUGCCGUCUGCCUGGGUGACGAUACUACCGAACCAAGCAUAAGCCCUUCGCCAGCCACAGCCGGAACCAUGACGACACCAGAGUCGCCGAACUCCGGGUCCACGGUCGCUGCCAGUGCCGGACCUACGGCCGCCUCUACAGCUGCCAGCGCCGCCAGCGCCGCCUCUGACCCAGGGGGCAGCACGGCCGCGGCCGACCCGGCCACCUCGGCCUCCUCCGCGUCACCGCCGGCGACGGAUGACGUCAGCGCGUCGACACCGACAGCAGCCGACGGUGACGGCGCGUCGACCGCGGCGGAGCCGUCUGCGGAGGGCGAGGCGGCGGUGGAGGUGACGACGACGGCGGCAACUGAGACGACAGAGGCUCCGAGCCCGGCGGCGGCCGUCGACAGCUCGGCGGAGACGGAGACGACCGAGACCGCCACAGAGUCAACAGAGGGCUCAGCAGCCACUACAGCGGCGGUCAACUGCUGCAGAGACAGCCACGACGGCAUCUCCAGCUGCCCAGACCUCUGCUGAAACGGUCCCGGAGGCAACGGAGUCUCAAGCGUCUGGGUCACCGCCCGCAGCGUCCACUUGACGGACCAUCGGAGCCUGAGACCACCAUAGCCGCAGAAACGACGGCCACCACAGCAGCUGAUGAGACCUCAGCGGCCACAGAGCCCCUGUGUGUGACCACCACACCC